CCCACCUGCCCCCCGGCGGCGGCGAGGUUAGUGAUGAGGCGGCGGCGGGGAGCGGCUGGUGGGGAGCAGCCGGAGGAGUUUGUUUGCUGCCUGUGCCCGUCUCCCUGAUGCUCUGAGCCGAGUCUCCUCCUCUCCCCGGGCUCGCACCCGGGCUGGAUGCUCCGCUCGCUCCUCGCUUCGCUUGCCACCGCCGCCAGCCGCUUCCUGCCGCUCAGCGAGACAUGGAGCCGCCCGCAGCCGCCCUGGACAGCACUCCGGACCCCGCUAUCGUGCAGCCCCCCGGGAGCAGCCCGCCGCUGCCCACCCGGGAGCAGCACCAGGAGCAGCUGCGCAUCGGCGAGAGCGGGCAGUUCAGCGAAGGGCUGGAGGACAGAGGUUUACUAGAAAGCAGUACAAGACUAAAACCUCAUGAAGCUCAAAGCUACAGAAAGAAGGCGUUGUGGGUUUCCUGGGUCUCCAUUAUUGUCACACUGGCUCUUGCAGUGGCUGCUUUCACUGUCUCCGUAAUGAGAUACAGUGCAUCAUCGUUUGGAUUCGCUUUUGAUGCUACCUUGGAUGUUUUGUCAUCAGUGAUAGUUCUGUGGCGUUACAGCAACGCAGCUGCUGUACAUUCUGCACACAGGGAGUACAUAGCUUGUGUGAUCUUGGGUGUCAUAUUCCUGCUGUCAUCUAUAUGUAUUGUGAUCAAAGCCAUCCAUGACCUUGCAAAGAAGGUGCUUCCAGAAGUGGAUGAUUUUCUGUAUAGUGUCUCCGUUUUAAGUGGAAUCCUUUGCACUAUCUUGGCAGUGAUCAAAUUUAUGCUGGGAAAGGUCCUUACAAGCAGAGCACUGAUAACUGAUGGUUUCAACUCUCUUGUAGGUGGAAUAAUGGGCUUUUCCAUCCUUCUUAGUGCAGAAGUUUUUAAACACAAGUCUUCUGUCUGGUAUCUGGAUGGCAGUAUAGGAGUAUUAAUUGGACUUACAAUAUUUGCCUAUGGAAUUAAGUUGCUUAUUGAUAUGAUACCCCGUGUAAGGCAAACACGCCAUUAUGAAAUGUUUGAGUGAAGAUCACAGCCUCGUCUCUGUAAGGACUGUAAAACUACAGCAUCGUACAUUUUGGCAAGUGGUGCCAAUGGUAUUUUAUUAAUAUGCAGUUUGUUUCCCGUGGUCUGUUUUUGUUAAAGUUUGUUUUAAUGGGAGAUCUCUCUGUAAAACUGGCAUAUGUGCACACUGCUUGCAAUUCAGCAAAACAGCAGCAUUUUUUUUCCAAGUAUGCUAUUGAUUCCUGUGACAAUAGAAAACAUGCAGUUUGCAGUCUUAAGCCAGCAGCCAUGUUGUGUGCUCCAGAGUGAAAGUGUUCUUAAUGAUGUGAUAAGCGUGUGGGUAAAGAAGUGCAAGUUCCAGAUCUUUUUUUUUCCCCAGCCUAUAUUUUUUUAAAUACAUGCUGUAACAGAAGUACAGUCCUUGCUAAUCUCUUUGGCUAACACAAUAUCCUAUAUAGAGUAUGGACACCAAGAGCGUUGUUACUUAAAGCACUGAAGUAGCUACUUCUCUCCCCCAUUUGAACAGACCUACAGAAAGAGCAGUUGCAGACCUUUCUGUGAUCAAAGAGAUAGUUCAUUUAAAUCCUAAAUUAACUGAAACUAUACCUCUUUAAUUUAAAUCCUGUUUUUUUCCUUACAAGACACUGUUCAUUGCUUUGCAUGGACCAAACAAGCACACACGGUACUACUGUACAGACCAAAGCCAAAAAGACAUGCAAGGAAGAGGAGCUGCUUGAGAAAUGAGAUUCUCAUCUUCUGUUAUACUGUGCACAGAUGUAUCAGCGUGUGUGACUUUGUGGUUGCUCUGUAGUCUGAUGAUGGCACAGCAGUGGCUCAACCUGGUGGUGAGAUAUAGAUCUAUUUAUAAGAUUUAGAUUGUUCUGUAAAAUGUUGAUCACCUUCCAUCACACAUCUUAUGUAUUACUUAGUAGCAGGUUCAAUUAUCAAAGAAUCAUGAUAUAUAAUCAAUAAAACUGGUAUCUAUUUUAUACAGUACCUAUAAGUAACGUUUGAAAACUAUUUCCAGAAUGUAUCAUAGAACAAAGUCUUCCUGUAUAGCAGCCUAUUAAACUAGAUUCUCUGGCCAUUGCCAUUCCCUCUGUAUUUUAUAUAUUCCAGGUUGGCUUUCACAGCAUAGAUCCAGUAUUGUUGCUUCUGUUUAUCACAAGUGGAUGAAAAAUAGCAGACAGUUGCUUGUAGAAUUUGAAAUAUGACCAUGGUAAGUAGCCUAGUAGCUAGAAAUCCCCAUUUCUAGCUAUACUACAAUAGCUGACAAACUACAGUAGAUGUACAAUCAGACUGUUCAGAGACUGACGUAAAGCGGGGGCACUAAUUCUUUACUGAUGCCUUGUGUUACCUAAAAUGGUAUUUCCCUUCACAUGUCACUUAAUUUCUCAGUCAGAUCCUCAAGGUCAUUAUUAAAAGCAAGCUCCAAAUGAAACAUGUAGGAAGAGGCUACCCUGAGGUUUCACCGACAGUGCCUGUGAGGUACACAGUGUUUGGCAAGGUUUUACUCACUUCCUCUUGAAACAGAAGUUUCUUCACUGAAAAAUGAAUUUUAUUCUGCUGCUAGUUUACAUGUUUGAACUCAAUUAACUUUGCACAAACUUGUAAUAACUUUUUAACAUACUGUAACUUUAUAAUAUGAUUCCUGUCAGUACUCUGAUGCUUGCUGUCACUAAAUAGUGUUAGAGAUCAUCAUGUCACUCAGGGAUAAGAUGAAAAGAAGCACACCACUUGACAAGACGAAGGAGGUACCUUAUAACACAACGAAUUCAGCAAAGACUCCAGAAAGGCUAUAGAGUGGUCACUGUACUCAUCACAGGCAGACUUCUAACUAAAAUCUAAAACAUCACCCCAAAAACCUUUCUUCAGUGCACAAGUUCCUAAUUUGUUACACUUUCGGGUAGUCCUGGUAUUUUCCCAUUAUGCUGCUGCUUUAACUUAUAGUUCCAUAAAGAGGUGUGUGGAAUAGAUAUUUCCCUGCCAAUUAACUAGCUCUUGUCAAGCAUCUUAAGCAUCAGUAUUUUGUAGUGAAUAGAACCAGAGACUGAAAAUAGCUAUAUUCUGCAUUUCCUUUUGUUAUUUUUAUUAGUACUGUUUACCCUUUACUGCCUCUCCAGGGGCUUUAUUAUUUCUCCAGUCCCAUUGCUAAUCCUAAGAACACCACUUGGGAACUACCGAAAGUGCUGCUUCUCUUGGCCAUGACUCCAGCAGCCUGUUUCUAGCAGUGGCCAGUGCCAGCUGCUUCAGAAGUGAAUUGAGAAGGUAAAAUUGAUUGUGGCAAGAUAUUUAACUCCUGAUGUAACCUUCACAAUACAGAAGUCAUACACCGUUGGAAGUACGUAGGACAUCCAAAAUAAUGCCCAGCUCAAAUGGCAAAUAAUUCUGUUAAUUAGACUUUGUUACUGCUUGGUGUAAAUAGGAGCACAGAGCUACACAGGCAUUCUUGUGCAUAAAGCAAAGUUAAAAAUUGAUUGAAUAAAGUUUCACACUUCGUUCUGGAACUCUAGAA